AUGGCCGCCGCCGCAUCCGGCAGCGCCCCGCCGCCGGACGCCGCCGGCGCACGGAGGGGGCGCGGCCGCCCCCGCGGGAGCAAGAGCGGGCGCGGGCGCGGGCGCGGGCGCUCGCCGAGCCUGAGGCGGAGCAAGCCCUCGAAGAGGCCCCGGCCGUCGUCGCGGUCGCCAUCCGGGUCGCCCGACGGGCCCCAUUCCUCGCCCCCCCGCGGGGUGGACCUUUCCGCGCCGCUGCCUCCCGGCACCGACGUCGAGGUCCGCGUCGACGACGACGGCUUCCACGGGUCCUGGUUCGAGGCCACCGUGCUCGACUUCACGCCGGCCCGCGGGUACCGCCACCCGGCGCGGUACACCGUCAAGUACGCGCACCUCCUCGCCGACGACGACGAAGGCGUGCUGGCCGAGCCCUUCGCGCCGUCCCACAUCCGCCCGCGCCCGCCUCCGCCGCCCCCGUCGCCCCCGCCGCGCUUCCAGACCCACGACAUCGUCGAGGCGUUCCACAACGAGGGGUGGUGGUCGGGCAUCGUCGUGUCCGCCCCCGCCGGCUCCGGCUCCGGCGCCGCCGGGGUCACCGUCGCGUUCCCCAUCACCCGCGAGGUCAUCGAGUUCGCGCCCGGCCUCGUCCGCCCCCGCCGCGACUACGUCGACGGCGACUGGAUCCCUUCCCAGGUCGCGAUGGUUGUCCGCCCCAAGCGCGCGGUCAAGGUCUACGAGGUCGGGGACAAGGUGGAGGUGGUGAGGCAACGGAGCGCGUACGGCGAGUCCUGGUUCCUCGCCACGGUGAGGGUCGUCGUCGACGACCUUAGCUACGUCGUCGAGUACUUCGAUCUGGAGGAGGGCGAGGGCGGGCCGGAGAAGGCCACCGAGUACCUGCAUUGGUGGUUCAUCAGGCCGGCUGUCGAGCAUGCUCCAAGGGAGAGCGAGUUCAAGCUCCAGCCUGGCGCUGCUGUGGAGGCCUACUGCGAUGGGGCAUGGUCACCAGGUGUGGUGCGAAGGGUCCUCGGCGAGGGUGAGUAUGAGAUCGGUAUUGUUGCCAAAAAGUCAGAAAUGCUGGUGACCAAGGUGGCGCCAUUGCUCAAGCCACAGUAUAAGUGGAAUGGCAAGCAAUGGAAGAUUGCGACCCGUAAGAGACGGGCUAACUCAAGGCGUCGGUCUGUGUCUGGUAAUAGUCCAAGGUCACCAGUUGAGGUGUCAUCCAGUGAUGAAGAACACAGUCUAGGAAAGAGCACAUUAGCCGAAGGUUCUGGACAUGCUUCAGUCUCUGAGAUGGACAUUCCUUUGUCUGCUCUUUGCAAGUCACCAGAAAGCACUCAUUCACCGAAUUCUUUUGUCUCUGAAAAGAACAGUCUUCAAGGUUCACAUGGGAUAAUGAAUUCGGUGCCAAUGAACGGACUCCUUUGUGCUUCUCCAGGACAUUCAGCACCAGUGGACAAUCAAGAAAUCCUGUCUGAUAUGGUUGUUACUGAUGGUGAGCUUAAUGGACCUGUCUCUGGAAGAAGUGUUGGUGGCCAUGAUAUGCUUUCCAUUACUGAACUAAGAAAGAAAAUGGCUUCAGCGCCCAGAAAUAAGAAAAUGGCUUCAGCGCGCAGAAAUAGUGCUGUCACACGCAAACAGGAAAACCCUGCCAAAUCACUCAGGGUGAAGAAAUGUGUAUCGGACAUUAAAGCGGGGAAAAUGCACCCUAUUCAAGGACUUCAGGGAAAGGUGUCAAUAGGGACAAAAAGGGGUUCAAGUACAAAGGUUCUUGCCUCUAAGAAAUUGGCUAACAGGAGAGGAUCCAAAGAACUGUGCAGUUCAAAUAGCUCAUUGGAUGUGACUAGGACUGUCCAGCAGAGAGGAAGCAAGGAAUUUGCAGAGCCAAUGGAAGAAUGUCCCUUAGCAUUGGAGUGUCUGAAUUCUGAUACUCAAAAACAGCUUGAUAGAACUUUGGAGGAUGCACAGAACAUAACUGAAUUAUCAAAUCAGGACCUGUUACCGAUGGUGCCUCCUGGCUUUAAAUCAAUGGAUAAUGGGAGAGGUACUAACAUACAUGAUACUCAAUUUGAUGAAGAGCCAACUGGAAAUGAUGACAUGUGCACAGACCAUGCUGCUACCAAAUUAGCUGAAAGCAACCAUGUCAUGGAAACAGCUAUCCUAUGUCUUGAUUGUCCGGCUCAACAAGCCCGUGGGAAAGUGGAUGAGAGGUCAGUUUUACAGAAUGCUGGGAGUUCACAGUGCAUCAUCGACAGUUCUCCAUUGAGGAGCUGCUCUGCUUUUGAGAGCUUGUUGCCUUCACCACAGCCUUUUGAGGACCAGGCUUUGUUCGUCAAGAACUCACCUAUGUGGGAUCUAGUUGAAGCAAUGCAUGUGUUUAAGGAGCUUCCUCAACAACCUCAUUUCCUUCCACUCCAAGAACAUGCCCCAUUACUACGUGAAGGAAUGGCAUUAGGUAUGAUGGUGUCAUUCAUGGACUUAGUGAAGGUUACAAUGGAAGCAAGCAUAGACAACAGCAUGGAAUGGUUCGAGGACAAGAUCAGGACAAUCUCCCAUCUAGAGGCAAAUGGAUUUAGUGUGCAAUUUAUGCAGAGCGCCAUGACCGAUUUGGUCAAGAUAAAAUCUGAGCGCACCAGUUAUCAUGUACAAAUUGGCAAGCUGGAUUCGAAGUUUGUGGAGAAGACAGCUUCGUCCUCCCGAGUUGGUGCACUGCUUGAUGAAAAAGAUAUAGCUGCAGCAGAGCUUGAGCAAGAACUUGGGCGCAUUCGCCAGGAAAGCCAGAAGAUUGCAAAGGAGAAGGAAAAAAUAGAUGCGGAGCUCGCUAGUAUCAAGACAUCGCUUAGUGGGUAUGAGGUUCUGUGCGACGGUGUGGAACGUUAUCUAUGCAUCAAAGUGGGUUCAGAUCGAUGUGCCGUGGUUAUGUUGUGCAAGUCAUUCGGUACCGUUUAUGUAUCUGUAGGUAUCUAUGGCUUAGGGAGCCUGAUGAAGUUUCGACUCUUAUAA